GGCGCGCGGCCAAUCGCUCUCGUUGUUAUUGCAGCUCCAGCGUUCUAUGAGCGCCGGUCUUGUCUCCCCCAGCUAGACUGUGAGCGCCCCCAUGGCAGGGACCUGGACUCCCACUUCUUCGGCAUUCGGCCGACGUUUAUGUGCUAUGUGCCCAGCCCGGUGCUAGCUUCCGUGGGAGACACAGAUUUUGGCUACGGAAAGGGGAAAUGUACUAAGCAAGGUCUGCCAGGAGCCCAAGAGACACAUUUUGGAGAUGAUAAACUUGGAGAUCUUGCAGAGGCCAAUCCAUUCUCCUUUAAAGAGUUUCUGAAAACCAAGAACCUCAGCCUGUCAGGAGAGGAUACAGCCAACAACAGGAUUUAUUCAAAGGAAGCCACGAGACACUCACUGGGACUCGGCCGCAACUCCCCGACCUCCCAGACCAUGGGGUAUGGCUUAGAAUAUCAGCAGCCAUUUUUUGAAGACCCUACGGGGGCUGGCGAUCUUCUGGACGAGGACGAAGACGAGGAUGAGGACGACGGGUGGAACGGGGCCUACCUGCCAUCCACUGUGGAGCAGACCUGCUCCUCUGGGGUCACCGCCAGCACGUCACCCUGCAGCACAUACGUCUCCUUUUUCUCUGCCCCGUCGGAGCUGGUGGCGCCCGAGACGCUGCCCCCGUGGACGCUGAGCGACUCUGACUCUCGCGCCUCUCCGGCAGGGAGCCCCGGCACAGACUUCGCAGCCCAUGGAGAGUCUCUGGGAGACAGGCAUCUCCGGACACUGCAGAUAAGCUAUGAAGCACUGAAAGAUGAAAAUUCUAAGCUGAGAAGGAAGCUGACUGAGGUUCAGAGCUUCUCUGAAACUCAAACAGAAAUGGUGAGGACGUUGGAGCGGAAGCUGGAAGCCAAAAUGAUCAAGGAGGAAAGUGACUACCAUGAUCUGGAGUCAGUGGUCCAGCAGGUGGAGCAGAACCUGGAGCUGAUGACGAAACGGGCUGUGAAGGCAGAAAACCACGUCAUGAAGCUGAAACAGGAGAUCAGCUUGCUCCAGGCACAGGUCUCUAACUUCAAGCGUGAGAAUGAAGCCUUGCGGUCUGGCCAGGGCGCCAGCCUGACGGUGGUGAAGCAGAACACCGACGUGGCCUUGCAGAACCUCCGUGUCGUCAUGAACACUGCCCACUCCUCAAUAAAGCAGCUGGUUUCUGGAGCUGAAACGUUGAAUCUUGUUGCUGAAAUCCUUAAAUCUAUAGACAGAAUUUCUGAAAUUAAAGAUGAGGAGGAGGAGUCUUGAGAACCCUGAGGUGCUUCCAGGUCACAGCUCCGCUCACACCUGGACGUCCCUGCUCACUGGAUUUGGAAAUGCCGUUGUGUCUUUAAAUAUGUCGUCCUCACCAUAGUAAAGAUACUUAUCAUGACAUGCUAAUUUCAUGACCGCACAGUGUGAGCAGCCUGCUGCAGGAAGAAGCAACCCCCGCAUAAGAGCCGCACCGGCUUCUCCGCAAGCCUUCUGGGGGAGCUCCUGCUACUCCAUGGACUAACGCUCUAUCGGAAGACGUUUCUAUAAAAGCCAGUGAUUUUUUGAAGUUACUAAACCUGAAAACCACAGUUUUA